CGCGCACGCUACACUGUAGUGAUGUCAUUUGAAGUGGAGUUUGGGGCUGUGGACCGGAGCAGCAUUCGUUGAAUAUCUUUACUUUGAAAUAGACGCUGACUUUUGAAAAAGCCACGAUGCACAAUGUAGCUUAAAAUGAACGCGAUGUCAUUUCGUGACCAGGAAUAGUCAAAGUUGCGAUCGCCCAGUUAUGGAAAGUUAAGAGUAGUCAAAAAGCGUCAUCGUCCGGAAGAUAGCAGAAAAAUGGGCGAAGCGAAAAGCCGCCGUCGCCCCGGCACUUCUUCGUAGGGCGGCUCCAUGUCCCCCUCCUCCCCGAUGCUUCCGAAGACAGCACCCGUGUCUCCAGCUCCGCCCGUCCCACCGAGGAGGCUCCGUGGCCGGGACGGGGGCUUGGGCAAGACGCGGCGGGCCGGAGGAGCGGAGAGGCGGGUGAAGUGUGUCCUGGUGGGGGACGGAGCUGUGGGUAAAACCAGCUUGGUGGUCAGCUACACUACCAAUGGGUACCCCACCGAGUAUGUCCCCACUGCCUUCGACAACUUCUCGGCGGUGGUUUCAGUGGAUGGGCAACCAGUCAAACUCCAACUUUGUGACACAGCUGGGCAGGAUGAGUUUGACAGGCUGCGUCCGCUCUGUUACACCAGCGCGGACGUUUUCCUGCUGUGCUUCAGCGUGGUCAGCCCUGUCUCCUUCCAGAACGUCCCUGAGAAGUGGAUCGCCGAGAUAAGGAGGCACGCCCCCUUCGCACCGCUGGUUCUCGUUGGGACCCAGUGUGACCUCCGAGAAGAUGUCAAGAUUUUAAUCGACUUGGCUAAGUACCGAGAGAGGCCGGUGGACCCAGCCGAUGCUAGAGAUUGUGCGGCUGAGAUCGGCGCCGUGGCCUACGUGGAGUGCUCAUCGCUGACCCAGAAAAACUUAAAAGAAGUUUUUGACACGGCCAUACUGGCCAGCCUGCAGAACCAAAGCUCCCAGAAGCACUCCAGAGGGAAACCGAAACGGCGAACAAAGCAAAUGCAGACGCCCGAUAAGAUGAAAAGUUUGUCCAAGUCGUGGUGGAAAAGGUACUGCUGUGUGGCGUAAAGCACUCCAGGUUGCUAUCUUGACAACACUUUCGAGACAAACCUGAACUCGGAGCCUGAGUCAAACCUUUUUAAGGAGUGUUGAUGGUAACCAAAGUUAUAUUUGUGUUAUGACGUGGGACAUUCACAACCAAACUCCAGUCUCCUUCGGCAUGUGCUGAAAAAAAAAGAACCCAUUGAACUAGCCCAGUCAAUGGGUGAUCCGACUGCAGCGUGACCCUUUGUUGGUAUGUCUAUCGUGACCUGCAGGAGCAGAAAACGGACGGUGGAGGAGGCUGAUUUCAGCAAGAAGUGAAACAUUGUUGAGAAUUCUUUUCCUCUAUUUGAAUGUGAAGACAUCACAUCUCUUUAAGACCUAUUACGUCGUAUUUACGUGGGGUUAAAGCUCAGUCCACUUAUUUGAUUAGCCAAACUGAAACUGAACGUCUGACGGCGAGUGCACCAAAUGGACAUUAUGGAAGUCGCAGCAUGUAAACAGCAAAAUGGACCAGACCAAAGAAAGACCCAAACUUCCUCCCGCUGUUCUUUUUCUCCGCAGUAGACAACCCAAAGAUGGUUGACCAGGUCAGUUGGGAAAAAGCCCAAGAUUAAAAUGCUUAAAGUGCUCAUAGCGCUACUUAUGCUAUCUGAAGAAGGUCAAGACAAUGCCCGGCCAAGAGAUUAGUAUCAAAGUCUUAUCCCGUAACAGGAAGUGAGUUGUUCGGUUGCAUCUGUAUCAAGGAUCUUAACGCUAUGACUUCUAGUGAAGAUAACCGUAAAUCCUCUGCUUGCUGGCACGCGCUUGACCAUGACUGUCAUCCAUUUCCUUUUUUAGACUUUUUGAUUAUCAUGAGAUCAUAGCUUCCAGGUGCAGAUUGUUGAGGGCUCUUUUUAUCUGUUGGGUUGUGGCACACUGUAUGAACAAAAGUAUGCGGGCAUUACGCAGGCAGGACGUGAACACGGAAGAAAAUAGGGAGUUAGCCCCUCUCAGCAACAAUAACAGCUUGCACGCUUCUGAGAGCCUUUUACAAGAUGUUGCAAUGUGUCUCUGGGAUUUUUUUUUUUUUGUCCAUUCAUCCAGCUGUGAGAUCAGCGAUGCUGGACUCGAGACAAGCCCCCGGUGGCUCACAAGCUCUUCUCUAGUUCAUCCCAACAGUGUUUGAUAAGGUUCGAUUGUGCAAUUGCAACAGAGAAGGGUCUUCCCUUAAACUUAGAAGCAUACAAUUGUUCAAAAUCUGUUGCCAUUAGACUUUACAUGAUCAGGAUUUUGGAAAUGAUUGCUGAGCUCAAGUUAUUAAAAAAAACAUUACCAAACUGAUCAUAAAAUGGAUCAAACUAUUAAAAGUAUUUAUACUUA